AUGACGCCAAUGAACGAACAGAUGCUCUCUCAGAUGAUGAAUGCGCUGAAGAUGGAAAUUCCCAAGCAGUUCCUUCAAAUGGGCGGGUACAGCUACUCGCCGCCGCCGGCCGCCAGCUCCUCAAAGUCUCGCAUGCAAUUGUACAUGCAGAGCCAGGAGAUGCACGGUGGCGAGCCUAUGGGCGUCAUGAAGGGGCGCCAGCAACAGCAGGAAUCAGCAGAGGAGCAGCAGCAGCAGAAUCACAUGGCAACCUAUGAUCAGGAGUCAGAAGGCGGCGGAAGCUCUGAACUUGCUGAUGAUGGCGGCAAUGAUGUCAGUGUUGGUGGUGGCCGUAGUCGGACCUUUCAAAUGGAGCUGCCCACUGGGUCAAGCAAGGGCGAGUCACUGCCACUGGAGCUGGCCGCCGAACCGGAGCUGAAGGAGGACGAUGUCCAGCACCAGCAUCAAACUAGUACCACUGAAGAGGGCGUCUUGCCUGGCGACGAGGAAGAACAGGAGGUGACUGUCACGAGAAAUUCUGCAACUUCAUCUUCCUCUGCUAUGGAGAGCAGCACUCCCACCUCAUUGACCUCGGAAAAGUCCACCGGCAGCAGCCUGCCGACCAUAAUGAUCUACAGUAGUGCUCCGAUGCAGCAGCAACAGCAGUCGCAACAGCAGAAGAAGAAAAAAUCCGAAAAGAAUGGACAGAAAUCGUCGGCCACUACGGCCGCUGUCCCGAAUGGCGCCGCCAAGCUAGGUCUCGUGCAGAAGAGCUUUCUCCAGAGCAGCAACGUCGAGCCGUCUGGCUACUAG